UCGCUACCAGCAGACGGAACGCCAGCGUCUCUCGUCUGGGACUCGUAGCUUAUGGGACCAGGAGGCACCUCAUCACAGGACUCCAGCCCACCAUGAAGAGACUGCUGUGGACCCUCACUGCCCUGGGGCUCACGCUGUGCCCACUGAGGUUCUGUUCCCCGCCCUCUGACCUCUGCCUGCCUUGCGAGUGCACCAGCGCCUCCCCCAGGGCGAUGUGGUGCAUCGAGAAGAAUCUGGGAACGGUCCCGCGGACCAUCCCACCCGACGUCGAGGAGCUGUUCCUGCAGCACAACAACAUCUCGGGUGUGGCGCCCACCCAUUCCUGGGGGUCCCCCCUCCGCAUCCUGGACUUCAGCCACAACCGGCUGGUCGCCGUGCCAACCGAAGCCCUGGCCUCCCUGCGUCAACUGAAGAAACUCUACCUGACCGGCAACUGGAUAGCCACCUUGCUGCCCGGGUCCUUGAGCAACCUCACGAACCUUCAGGAGUUGCACCUGAGCGUCAACCGUCUUCAGGCUCUGAGCGCUGGCGCCUUCUCUGGCCUCUCCAAUCUCCGGAGGCUCAUGCUGAGUUUGAACAACAUCACGAGCCUGGCCCCCGGUACCUUCGGUGCGCUCGGCCGCUUGGAGUUGCUGCAGUUGAACGGCAAUCGGAUUGUGACCAUCCAUCCCGGAGCUUUCAGGGGCCUUACUAACCUGAAGCAGCUCUACCUCCGAAGUAACACCAUCCCGGCCUUGACCAAAGGAGCGUUAGACGGUCUUGACCAACUCCAGAUCCUUAGUCUGAGCCACAACGACCUGCGUUCAGUGCCUGAGGAGGCCAUGAUGGACCUGAAGGGCUUGAAAGACCUUUACUUGAAUAAUAACGGCAUCGCCUUCCUUCCCGAAGGGUUCCUGAUCCGAUUCGAGAAGCUCGUCAUUCUGGACCUCAGCAACAACAGACUGUCCACGUUGCCGGAAGGUGCACUCCUCGGCUUGGACAGGCUGAGGCUGCUAGACCUGAGCUUCAAUAACUUCAGCAGCCUCCCUCCUGGGGUAUUCCGCCAACUGGGGAACCUGACCGUCCUGAACCUCUUCAACAACCACAUCGACUCGCUGCCGGCGGCCAUCUUUGAGGGCCUGGUCAACUUGAAGGAACUGCACCUGGACAACAACCGCAUCUCGGCCCUCCCGCCCGAGUUGUUUCGGAGGCAGGCGGAGCUCAGGGAGCUCCAGCUGGACAAUAACCAGCUCUCGGGCCUGCCCCAGGAGCUGUUUGCCAACCUGACCAACCUGCGGACCCUGUACCUCGACAGCAAUUGGCUGACCGCCGUCCCGGCGGCCAUCUUCCGAGGCCUGGGGCACCUGAGGGAGCUCCAGAUGGAGCAGAAUGCUAUUGACUUCCUCCCCGAGGGCGUCUUUGCUGGCCUGACGGAGCUGAGGGUCCUCCAGCUCAACCAGAACGCCCUCCGGUCUCUCCCCGGCAACGUCUUCGACGGGCUGGUCAACCUGAAGGAGCUGCAGCUCAGUAGUAACCAGCUAUCUGCCAUGUCUGAGGCCGUGUUCAGGAACCUCAGGAAGCUGAAAGAGUUGCAUCUGGAUGGCAACAGGCUGUCCUCCCUCCAACCUCUCAUCUUCCAGGACCUUCAGAGGCUAGAGGACCUCCAAUUACAGUUCAACCUUCUUCUCUCCCUCCCACCCCAGGUCUUCGCCCCACUCCGCAAGCUGAAGAAGCUGCAACUGCAUAACAACCACCUUGCUGCCCUGCUCCCCGGAACCUUCCAGAAGCUGGAGAGCCUCCGGGAACUGCACCUGGAUAGAAACGCCAUCUCCUCUCUCCCUGCGGGCCUCUUCCAGAGCCUCUCCCGCCUCAGCCUGCUGCACCUGAACUUCAACAGGCUCCGUGACCUCAGCAGCGGCCUACUCGAGCCCCUGGUCAGGCUGGAGCAAAUCCAGCUCCACGGCAACCCCUGGGCCUGCGACUGCCCAUCCAUCUUGUACCUCAGCCACUGGCUGGAGGACCACCCCAAGGUGGUCCACGAGCCUGUCCAGUGUUCCUCAGACAGAUCGCCGGUGGUGGCCGUGAGGAAGGCCUUCCCCUCCGUCCCUUCGCAAUGCUCUUCUGCUUCCACUCCUGUCUUCUUCCGUCUGACAGCUGCCUCCUGCAUCUGCUCCUGGCUUCUCCUCAGCACCUUGAGGCCGUGAGACCAAAGCAGCAGAGGUAGGCCAUCGAGCCUGCUCCACCAUUCUGAUCAUCCCCAACCACAUCUUCCUGCCUUUUCCCACGAUUCCCCUUCCUGACUAAAAAUCUCUCUCUCUCUCUCAGCCUUGAAUGGCCCAUCCUCGACAGCCCUCUGCGGUAAAGAACUCGACAGAUUCCCUCCCCUCAGAGAGAAGGUAUUCCUCCCCAUCCCUGUCUUCAAUGGAUGGCCCCUUACUCUGAGAUGG